AUGCUUGCGCAGAAGACCGCGCAUUGCACAGGUGUGGCAAAGAGGCCUGGACCUCUGCACGGCGCACGGCCCAGGCUGUUCUCAUUCGGUGCCAAGAAGUCCAAGGAGGCGCCUACAAAGCGGCCGACAGUGGUGCCGAGCCCCUCAUUCAAUGUACCGCUGGGUCUGCUUGUGAUCUCCGGGCUGUCAGCCUAUGAGGGCGUCACGCCUUUGGCAGGCAUCGCAGGUCUCCUAGGCGUAUUUCUGGCCAUCCAGGCGACGCGCGUCAAGUUUGUUUUUGACGACGUGGGGCUGGAGGUCGUCAUUGCUGGCAAGGAGGAGGAGGAGACGGAGAACAAGUUUGUGGGCGGCCGCAACCGCUGGUCAUACGACUCCUUCAUCAACUGGGUGGGCAACUUGUGA